AAGCCCCCCUCUUUGCGGUCCCACCUGUCCUCCCUAGGGCCUGCUAGAGGCGGCUGGGUCAGAGGAGCCGGAAGAGAUCCGCAGCCAUGCCUGAGGCCAAACCAGCAGCCAAAAAGGUCCCAAAAGGCAAAGAUGCUCCCAAAGAAGCUCCCCCUAAGGAGGCUCCUGCAGAGCCCCCCAAAGAAGCCCCACCCGAGGACCAGUCCCCGACUGCUGAGGAGCCCACUGGCAUUUUCCUGAAAAAGCCAGACUCUGUAUCAGUGGAGGCUGGAAAGGAUGCUGUGAUCACAGCCAAGGUGAACGGGAAGGAGCUUCCUGCCAAACCGGCCAUCAAGUGGUUCAAGGGCAAGUGGCUAGAGCUGGGCAGCAAGAGUGGGGCCCGAUUCUCCUUCAAGGAGUCCCACGACUCUGCCAGUAAUGUGUACACUGUGGAGCUGCACAUUGGGAAGGUGGUACUGGGGGACCGUGGGGAUUACCGCCUUGAGGUCAAAGCCAAGGACAUCUGUGACAGCUGUAGCUUCAACAUUGAUGUGGAGGCACCCCGUCAGGACGCCUCUGGGCAGAGCCUGGAAAGCUUCAAGCGAUCGGGUGAAGGGAAGCCAGAGGAUGCGGGUGAGCUGGAUUUCAGCGGCCUGUUGAAGAAGAGGGAGGUGGUGGAGGAGGAGAAGAAGAAGAAGAAGAAGGACGACGACGACCUGGGCAUCCCCCCGGAGAUCUGGGAGCUCCUGAAAGGGGCCAAGAAGAGCGAGUACGAGAAGAUCGCCUUCCAGUACGGCAUCACCGACCUCCGGGGCAUGCUGAAGCGGCUCAAGAAGGCYAAGGUGGAGGUCAAGAAGAGCGCAGCCUUCACCAAAAAGCUGGACCCCGCCUACCAGGUGGACAGGGGCAACAAGAUCAAGCUGGUGGUGGAGAUCAGCGACCCAGACCUUCCUCUCAAGUGGUUCAAGAACGGCCAGGAGAUCAAACCCAGCAGCAAGUACGUGUUCGAGAACGUGGGUAAGAAGCGAAUCCUUACCAUCAAUAAGUGCACGCUGGCCGACGACGCGGCCUACGAGGUGGUUGUCAAGGAUGAGAAGUGCUUCACGGAGCUGUUUGUCAAAGAGCCUCCAGUCCUGAUCGUCACACCCCUGGAGGACCAGCAGGUGUUUGUGGGCGACCGUGUGGAGAUGGCGGUCGAGGUGUCAGAAGAGGGUGCCCAGGUCAUGUGGAUGAAGGACGGCGUGGAGAUGACGCGGGAGGACUCCUUCAAGGCCCGGUACCGCUUCAAGAAGGACGGGAAGCGCCACAUCCUCAUCUUCUCCGACGUGAGCCUGGAGGAUGGGGGCCGCUAUCAGGUCAUGACCAAUGGCGGCCAGUGUGAAGCUGACCUCAUUGUGGAAGAGAAACAGCUGGAGGUCCUGCAGGACAUCGCGGAUCUGACUGUGAAGGCCUCGGAGCAGGCUGUGUUCAAGUGUGAGGUGUCCGAUGAGAAGGUGACCGGCAAGUGGUACAAGAACGGGGUGGAGGUGCGGCCCAGCAAGAGGAUCACCAUCUCCCACGUAGGCAGGUUCCACAAGCUGGUGAUCGACGAUGUCCGUCCUGAGGACGAGGGCGACUACACAUUUGUGCCUGAUGGCUACGCUCUGUCCCUCUCCGCCAAGCUCAACUUCCUGGAAAUCAAGGUGGAGUACGUCCCCAAGCAAGAACCACCCAAGAUCCACCUGGACUGCUCGGGGAAGACCUCAGAGAACUCCAUUGUGGUUGUGGCUGGGAACAAACUGCGGCUGGAUGUGGCCAUCACAGGGGAGCCCCCUCCUGUCGCCACCUGGAUGAAGGGAGAUGAUGUGUUCUCAGCCACCGAGGGCAGGACCCGCAUCGAGCAGCGUGUGGACUGCAGCAGCUUCGUCAUUGAGAGUGCUGAGCGCGCUGACGAGGGACGCUACACCAUCAAAGUCACCAACCCCGUGGGCGAGGAUGUGGCCUCCAUCUUCUUGCGGGUUGUGGAUGUCCCAGAUCCCCCGGAGGCGGUGCGUGUCACAUCGGUGGGAGAGGACUGGGCCAUCCUGGUCUGGGAGCCACCCAAGUAUGAUGGGGGACAGCCAGUCACUGGGUACCUCCUGGAGCGGAAGAAGAAGGGCUCUCAGCGCUGGAUGAAGCUGAACUUCGAGGUCUUCACGGAGACGACCUACGAGUCCACCAAGAUGAUCGAGGGCAUCCUCUACGAGAUGAGGGUCUUUGCCGUCAACGCCAUCGGCGUCUCCCAGCCCAGCAUGAACACCAAGCCCUUCAUGCCCAUUGCCCCCACGAGUGCACCCCAGCACCUGACGGUGGAGGAUGUGACAGACACCACCACCACGCUCAAGUGGAGGCCCCCGGACAGGAUCGGGGCCGGCGGCAUCGACGGGUACCUGGUGGAGUACUGCCUCGAGGGCUCCGAGGAGUGGCUUCCUGCCAACAAGGAGCCCGUGGAGCGCUGUGGCUUCACRGUCAAGGAUCUCCCAACCGGAGCCAGGAUCCUCUUCCGCGUGAUUGGGGUCAACAUUGCAGGUCGCAGUGAGCCGGCCACCCUGGUCCAGCCGGUCACCAUCCGGGAGAUUGUGGAGCAACCCAAGAUCCGCCUCCCGCGCCACCUGCGCCAGACGUACAUCCGCAAAGUGGGCGAGCACCUCAACCUCGUCAUCCCCUUCCAGGGCAAGCCCCGGCCCCAGGUGGUGUGGACCAAGGGCGGAGCCCCCAUAGACACCUCGCGCGUGCACGUGCGGACCAGCGACCUCGACACGGUGUUCUUCGUGCGCCAGGCGGCCCGCUCCGACUCCGGGGAGUACGAGUUGACCGUGCAGAUUGAGAACAUGAAGGACACUGCCACCAUCCGCAUCCGGGUCGUGGAGAAAGCAGGGCCCCCGGAGAACGUGCAGGUGAAGGAGGUGUGGGGCACCAACGCGCUGGUGGAGUGGCAGCCCCCCAAGGACAACGGGAACAGCGAGAUCACCGGCUACUUCGUCCAGAAAGCAGACAAGAAAACCAUGGAGUGGUUCAACGUCUAUGAGCACAACCGCCACACCAGCUGCACUGUGUCUGACCUCAUCGUGGGCAAUGAGUACUACUUCCGMGUUUUCAGUGAGAACAUCUGUGGCCUCAGUGACUCACCUGGGGUCUCUAAGAACACGGCCUGCAUCCUCAAGACAGGAAUCACCUUCAAACCCCUCGAGUACAAGGAACAUGACUUCCGGACGCCUCCCAUGUUCCUCACGCCUCUAAUCGACCGGGUGGUUGUGGCUGGAUACUCCGCGGCUCUCAACUGUGCUGUCAGAGGCCACCCGAAGCCCAAGGUGGUCUGGAUGAAGAACAAGAUGGAAAUCAGGGAAGACCCCAAGUUCCUGAUGACCAACCACCAGGGGGUCCUGACGCUGAAYAUCCGCCGCCCUUCGCCCUUUGAUGCGGGGACUUACUCCUGCCGGGCCUUCAAUGAGCUGGGGGAGGCACUGGCCGAGUGCAAGCUGGAUGUCCGAGUGCCGCAGUGAAACCGUCUCCAACCUGUGGAGGUGACCAGCCUGACUGCAGCCCGAGAGCUCUGCCUCUGUCCCCUCCUCUACUUAUCCCACACAACAAGACAGUGUUGCUUGGA